GAUCGCUUUUUUUUUUUUUUACAUGAAAUGUUCCGAUUGAUUAAGACACUGCACACAAAAUAAACAAUCUGUGUAGUAGAAAACUGGGAAUCAAAUAAACACAGCACACAAAGCCAUAACAACAUGUCUGCAACUAACUUGAACGAAUUAUUUGUUGCCAAGUUGGAAAGCAUUAAAUCGAUGAAUACAUUUGCUUUGAAUGGAUGAGAUUUUUUUGAUUUACUUGGUUGUUCGAUCUUAAGUUUUGGAAAUAUACAUCUGGUUUGCAAAUGGAUUUGAAUAAAGGUUAUCAACGUAAUGAGCUUAUAUCACUUUUAAGUGGUUUGGCACAAUCCAAAGACACAAGUGGUAUUAUAUCUACUCAAAAAUCAACAUUACAUCAGUAUGAAGAGACAAAUGAGAUGAUGCGUCAAUUUUUAAACCUCUCCGAUACUACUUAUAAAAAGCUUUCAGUAAGCUAUGCUACACAUAUAAAGACAUUGAAUAAUCUUCAAAAAGAUUUAGAAUUAACAUUUAAAAAAAUUAGAGCGUUAAAAACAAAACUAAACGAGUCAUAUCCUCAAGCUUUUCAAGCAACUGCUGAUGCUAUUAGAGAAUUUCAACUGCGUUAUGAAAUGGAAGAUGAAAAAAAAUUCUGCUCGGAUCAGUUUGAUACCGAAAAGAAAAAAAGCUCGGAUCAGUUUGAUACCGAAAAGAAAAAAAGUGUGACUGAAAUUGCGGAAGAUGUAAUUGAAACAGAUGUUGAUGUCACCAAUAACGAGCAUUACAAUAAAGAUGGUAAUCUAGCAGAAGGUGUCAUCAGAGAUAGCACUUGUAAUCUAGCAGAAGAAGAUGUCAUCAGAGAUAACACUUGUAAUCUAGCAGAAGAAGAUGUCAUCAGAGAUGAAUGUUUUCAAAUCUGUUAUCUUGAAAGUAGUUCGAGUAUAGCGUCCGUUUUAGAAAUUGAGAACGAUAAAGUUUCGAUAGAUAACGAAUCCUAUAAUACCACAAUGAAAUUGUCAAAUGAUAUGAUGCAAGAUAAUGUUUCAUCGUUACAGGGUGACACUACUUCAUUACAAAAUGCUGAUGUCGACCAUAGUAAUUGUUUAAAAAUGAAUGAUCUUUCUUUAUCAACAAACGAAUUGAAUCUAGUUUCAGAUGAAGAAAACCUUUGUUUAGAAAAUAAAUGACGCUACUAUGGUAGGUUCUAAACGGCUCAGAAAUCUUAAAAGAUAUAUAGCUAUAGUUUAUAGUUUAUAUAUAUUAUAGAAGUAUAAGUUGAUAUGGAAAUAUGUUGCUAACCUGACGUUGCGAAAUUGGUUAGUGCUUUUUUUUUUUGAUUUAAUAUCGAGUCAUUACUGCUUGUUAAAAUAAUUAUUCAUAAGGAUAUAGAGAAGACGACACGAUAAUAUUUUUACAACAAAAUCGAGAAAGAGAUUUAGGCAUGUUAUCUUAACCUCAGACUUUAAACCUGCAUAAGUGCAAAAUACUUAAUAAAAUUUAAUGAUCCGCUUAUGCCUUCAUAAUGAAUUUACUAAAAGCGUAAACUUUGCAAUAAAUAUUACUGAAAAACUGAAUUUCGAUAUUGAUAUUUAAUAGUAGAAAACUAUUUUUAAUAAUUAAGUAUUAAUCUAAAAGUUAAA